UGUGAAAAUGUGCGCAUCAAAUUCAAUUAUUAAUAUUAAACGAAAUUAAUGUUAACAAUUAAUUGCACAUGUAUAUGUCCUCUGGAAAUCCAAAGGACAUUCAAUAUAAUAGACAGGGCAGAUAUCCAGAUCCAGAUCACUUUCGUAUACACAAUUUGCUGAAAAUUUAAAUGGCAAGCUUUUAUUCAAGAAAUAUGCUAUCCAUAGCAAAAUUUCAAGUUCCUAUCGAAUGGUCGCCGAAAACUCUUGGCGAUAUGUAUCCUCAUGAUCUGCAAUUGUAUCAAAAUGUUCCAUUUGGAGAGAUAAUGCUAGACGAACUGCAAGAAAUAUGUGAAACACGGCUUAAAGUUCUUACUUUGGUAGAACGUAUACAUUUACAAAAAUUAACAAUGUCUGUGUCACAACGCAAAGUUGUUUUGGUUAAAGAAUUGCACAAGGAAGGUAUAAAUGAAUUCGCGAGGCUAAUUAGUAGUCCUGGAUGUAAAUCACAUACAGAUGAGGAUAUACAUAUCAGAAGAAGAGAUCAUGUAUCUCAUUUUGUAUUAAGAUCUGUGGUUGCCUUCAAUGCACUCAAAAAGCGCUGGUUUUUCAAGCAAGAAACAAGAUUGUUCAAAUGGAGAUUUUCUUCGUUAAAUAACGAAGGGAUCGAGCAGUUUAUGCGCAUUAAUAACUUUGAUUUUACACCUAUCAGUCAAAGUGAAAAAGAAGAUAUCAAGGAAUAUCUUCAAAUGUCUUCUCCGCAUGUUAAUAACAUUGAUAGUACACAAUUUUACAAAGUACCUUUCUUUCAUGUAAUUAGUUUAGUUAAGAAACGUAAAGUUUUCAUUAUGAAUGGUGAAGCUUUUGUACCUGAAGGAGAAAUAGCAUUUGUAUUUGUGCCAUACUAUAAGAAUACUCUAAUAUCAAGUUUUGAAGCUGCACGUGAAGAUAGAGCUAAUUUAUAUAAUGAUGAAAGGUUCAUUCAUAUUUUUGCCAAUUUAGAAAAUAAUAUUCAUAUUGAGAGUACUAUACUAGUACAGGAUCAAGAGGUACAAAAAUAUGUUUCACUUGAUCAGUUGGAUAAGUUUUCAGAAACCUCUUAUCCUCUCUGUAUGAGAGUGCUUCACAAAGCACUAAGGAAGAAUCAUCAUCUUACACAUGGUGGUAGAGUACAGUACUGUUUGUUUCUGAAGGGUAUAGGAAUUUCUUUAUCUGAUGCAAUGAUUCUAUGGAAGAAUGAGUUCACAAAAAUAAUGGACGAGGCUAUGUUUAACAAAGAGCACAGCUACCAAGUAAGAUUUGUCUUUGGACAGGAGGGUAGUCGACGAGAUUAUCAGCCCUUUACAUGUCUAAAAAUUAUGGAAUCAAUUGUUGGACCUAGAGAUUAUCACGGAUGUCCUUUUAAACAUAUGCUGCAGGAUAUACUUGAAGAUGAACUUAUCAACUGUGGUUUUAAUGCAUUGGAGAGAUCAACAAUAAUGAAUUUGUCAAAGAAUGGCCAAUAUUCUGCAGCAUGUAACAAGUAUUAUGAAAUUAAACAUAAUUGUUUUAAUGACACUUUGUUUAAACAUCCAAAUGUAUAUUUUAAUGAAAGUGUGAAACAUCAUACCUUCUAUCGCUAUCAUGAUCUGGGAACAGAAGAUGCAUAUUAAUUAACAUACAAAAUAAGAACAUCUGAAGAAGCUGGAACUAUUAGGACUAUCGCAAAUUAUAUUUCAUAUCGUUAACAGAGAAAAAGCAAAUAGCAAUUUUUAUAAAUCUCUAAUUAUAAAUAUAUAUAAAUGCUGAUUUAUUUAAAACUAAAAUAUUAUUAUCUUGAGAAUAAUAUUUCUGAAAACAGAUAAGUGUUUCGAUGAGUCUUUAGCAGUCUUUAAAAAUUUUUUUUUUAUUUCAAUUUCAAAUCUCAGAUUAUCUUCAUCUUAAUUAUCAUAAUAAAAAUGAACAAUCAUAUAAACAUUUAUUAACAAUAAAAAAAUAGCAGUUUUUUUCAAUUCAUAUAUAGUUUAUACUAGUUUUAGUUGAUUUGAUAGUUCAUAUAUAUUUAAAUGGUUCUCAAAUUUAUGAAAAAACAUGACAGUACAAAAUGUGCAUCAAUACAUUCAUGCAAUAUUUUAGUUGAGACAUACUUUAAUAGUAAAUUUUGUUUGUAAUUAAAUUGAUUGAGUUUAAGAACUUGGUUAAUCUAACGUAUAACAUGUGAUCUUUUCUUAACAAAAUAAUAGGCUUAAAACAAAAAGAUAGAAAACAUUGCAUCAAAAAUAUUGCCACGAUAUAACACAGUACAAUUUACUAUGUUCCAUGACUUUUAUUUUGUAGAUUGCUGCGGCGAUACGUAAGUACCGAAUGUUAUAUGUAUGUACAUUUAGGUGAUAGAGAAGUAUUGUUAUGUACAAGUACACUGAAUUAUAAACACUUAACACUUGUCAUACCUUACACAUUAUUACCUUAGUCAAUUCGUAACGUUGUACCGUUGUCUCGUUAAAUGCUAUUUUAAGCAAGGCUACAUGAUUGAAGAGUGCGAGAAAUUUUUGGCACAGUUUGUUAUCUUAAUGAAAACAAGAUCCAAAGAGAGUUUUCGCGUUAAACAAAUUCUAAAUAUAGCUUAUCAGCAAAGUACAGAAGAAAUACUUAUAAUCCUCGUAAUAUUGUUUGAAACAGUCGUUAUAUGUCAAAUAUAAGUUUCUUCAAUCUAAAAUUUCGAUGUCUGACGAUGUCGAAAUGAUAUGUGCAAUGUGUAACAUCAAGUCAAUUCCGCAAAAAUUCAUCGUAAAACGAAUGCGUGCGCAAAAUUCAAUUAAUAUCACGUUGCAGUCUAUCAAUUUAAUAUAACCAAUAUAAUGGCUUCUCAUACACAUAUACAAUAGAGAAACCGUCAUGCAAUUUCAAAAGCGGGAUGCAUCAUAAAUUUAACAGCAAUGGAUGCAGCAAUGAUUUAUGCAAUGCGUAUAUUACAACUUUUUGUUAACAAAAUUAAAAUAGUUCUUAUUUUUUACGUUCACGCGCAUAUGAACAGCCACCCCUGUAUACAUAUUUAAGAAACUAUAACUGUGUAUUUUCCACUCUGAAAAUGCAAUGCACUCAUUCAUACAUUAUUUUUACACUCAUAUCCUCUUUUUCACAAACCUUUUAUAUAGAAAUAAAAUAUGUUAGUGGGCACAUCCAUAAAAUCAUCAUUUAUAACAAACAGGUCAAAUUAUAUAAAGUCUUGUAUUCUUUUUAUCAUUUACGCGUAUAAAUAUUGUUAAAUAUGUAUAUUAAAAAUUUGCUACAUAUUUCACGAUUAUUUUACACAGAAUUUGUUAUUCUAUCUCGAUAAUGACAUAAGUUGCUUAUAUAACUCCUUUUCUUUUCUUUUUUAAUGGAGACGGACUUCUCUGGUAUCUGAAGAGCUAAUAAGGAUUUAAUAAAGUGUGUGUGAUCCUUAACGCUCCUCCCAUUUAUCAAAUCAUUCACCUUACAGGCAAUGAAGAUAAAACAGAAAAAAAAGGAAAAUAUAAUAUUGGAUUAAUAUCGCAUUCUUUAUGAGGAUGAGUCGUAGUGUCAUUGUAUAAAAAUCUAAACUGACCUUAAAUGUGUACUAAAAAAUAUUGCUUCUGUCAAGCGAGAGGGCCGAUUUAUCGGUGAUGUUUCCAAUAAAGGUUAACCUCUGUGCGCUCGGGAUAUACUUUCGUUGACGUCUCCACGACUCGUUAAUUCGGAUCGUCAGUCAGACCGAACAUUGUUAUUGUUGACAAAACGGGACAUAUUUUGCUGCUAUACAUCUGGAAUCCAUUUUUUUUUUUUUUUUUUUUUUUUUUUAAUUUUUAU